AUGAAGUCGCUUCUUGCCUUGCUUGCCUUUGUACCUCUUCUUGUGACUGCUCGGCCUUCGUUAGACGAGCGGCAAGUUUGUGCAUGCUUGCCGGAUCGGUGUCCCUUUAUCGCCGGACCGUUUCCUGGAUUGGAACUGAGUUGCGAUUGUAGUACCAAGGAAGCUCUUGCAUGCAUGAUCUCUUGCGGGGGGCUACCUCUGGGCAUUGAGCCUUGCCCCCCUGAUGACUCCACAACGACCUCUGCCGAAGUUCCAACUCCGCCGGUAAUAACUGCUUCCAUUACCACUACAACACUGCCGGCACCACCGUCAUCUAGCAGCGCACCGGCUCCCACGGGCGCUUAG